AUGGGAAGUCCCCUCCAUGCUCCCAUCUUCCUGGUUUUAUGCAUCUUUAUCCAGUCAAGUGCCUGCGGACAAGGCUUGGGGACAGAGCCAUUUGGGAAAAGCUAUGGAGCUGCUGAAGUAAGGAAACCAUCACAGGAGAUGGGGACCAGAUUCCUGCUCUUCAAAGAUGAAAAUGAUCGUCGAGGCUGUCAGCUCCAAGUCCAGAGCCCAGAAACACUGCAAGAGUGUGGCUUCAACACCUCCCAGCCGCUUGUCAUGAUCAUCCACGGGUGGUCGGGCUCAGAAAGUGCCACCGUGGGGGAAAAUUCAGACAGUGAUUCUCAGGUGGAUGGCUUGCUAGAAACGUGGAUCUGGAAGCUAGUAGGUGUGCUGAAGUCCCGACCCGUGAACGUGGGGAUGGUGGAGUGGAUCUCCCUGGCUUACCAACAUUACGCCAUCGCUGUCCGCAACACCCGUGUUGUAGGCCAAGAGGUGGCCGCUCUUCUCCUAUGGCUGGAGGAAUCUGUGAAGUUUCCUCCAAGCGAAGUUCACCUAAUCGGCUACAGCCUGGGAGCGCACGUCUCAGGGUUCGCAGGCAGCUCCAUGGAUGGAAAGCACAAGAUUGGAAGAAUCACAGGACUGGACCCCGCAGGCCCUAUGUUUGAGGGAUCUUCCCCUAGCGACCGUCUUUCUCCAGAUGAUGCCAAUUUUGUGGAUACCAUUCACACGUUCACCCGUGAGCACAUGGGUCUGAGUGUGGGCAUCAAACAGCCCAUUGCCCACUAUGACUUCUACCCCAAUGGGGGCACCUUCCAGCCCGGCUGCCACUUCCUGGAGCUCUACAGACACAUUGCAGAGCACGGCUUAAACGCCAUAACCCAGACCAUCAAAUGUGCUCAUGAGCGCUCGGUGCACCUCUUCAUUGACUCCUUGCGACACAGCAGCCUGCAGAGCACAGGCUUCCAAUGCAGCGACAUGGACAGUUUCAGCCAGGGUCUGUGUCUAAGCUGCAAGAAGGGCCGUUGCAACACUCUGGGCUAUGACAUCCGCAAGGAUUGGCCAGGCAAGAGCAAGAAGCUCUUUCUCAUCACCCGAGCUCAGGCUCCCUUCAGAGUUUAUCAUUACCAGAUCAAGAUCCAGUUCAUCAAUCAAAUUGAGAAGCCAGUAGAGCCCACUUUUUCCAUGUCCCUGCUGGGAACAAAAGAAGAAGUGAAGAAAAUUCCCAUCACGCUGGGCGAAGGAAUUACCAGUAAUAAAACCUACUCCCUCCUCAUCACACUGGACAAAGACAUUGGCGAGUUGAUCAUCAUCAAGUUCAAGUGGGAAAACAGUGCGGUGUGGGCCAAUGUCUGGAACACGGUGCAGGUCAUCAUGCCAUGGGGCAUGACAUCUCACUACUCGGGCCUCAUUCUGAAGACCAUCUGGGUCAAAGCUGGAGAGACACAGCAAAGAAUGACUUUUUGCCCUGAAAAUAUAGAUGAUCUGCUGCUUCACCCCACCCAGGAGAAAGUCUUUGUAAAAUGCGAAGUGAACUCAAAAAGACUGAACCAAAGGAGCAGAUGA